GGUUAAAAUGUGAACGGUACCCAACCCUAUUUCAGAUACACUAAAACAGGGCUGAAUUGUAUCUUGUUCUUUUUGUUUUUAAAUAACACAUAUCAAAUAUGAGUAACAGUGAGGGACCUCUGCCAGUCAGAGUACCAUGCUUGUUAGGGGGGGUAACACCAUGCGGUGCCAGGCAGAGGUGACAUUUGAUACGGAGGUUGAAGGUUGUCUUGCCUCAUAGCUAAAAUGGAGGGAAAGGACAGGGUGGGGUUGGAGGGAUCUAGCAGAGAUUGAAUUUCAACAGGACAGCAUUCCCAAAAAGAUUUCAAGACAGACAACAUGAGGCAGCAAGGGACAGGAUAAGAACAUAGAUGUUCCCUGAGCAAACAACUGGAAGCAGUUUUUGUACAACCUGGUUAGAGAGACAGCCAAACAAGGACAUUGUGUAUAUGACAGACGGAUAUGAUGACAGAAAACCUGAUGAGCCACAGGACACGAACAAUGUGAUUUUUCAUCCUGCCAUUAGUCUCUGUCAGCAGCUGUUUUACACUUAGUGAGUAAACGCUUUCAUCUUGCUAACUGGGUACUAACAUUGCUUAUUUUACUUUUUUUAUUCACAGUUCUCCUCCUAAAUAAAAUAAAAUAAUUAAGUAACAUUUAAAAGAAAUGUGCAACUGUGAUGAAAUCUGUCAUGGGAAAUGUUUACUAUACAAACAGACACUGCUACAGUAUCUCCCCUACAACCAUUUGCUUCUAAUGCCACCUGUAAUGAAAACCAAAACUAUCACUCUGGUUUCAGACAGGGUUUGCUUUUAAGCCCAGUUGUUCUGUGGUUUGGCCUGGGAUACACACAGGAAUGGACAGCAGUGACCCACAGGACGAUGAAAGAGGAGGCAGAAGGAAAGAGAGCGAUGGAGAGAACGGUAAACAGCUGAAAAACCAACUCAACUGUGAGGAAAAAGGAGAGAAGGAGAUCCAAGUGAACGAGAAGGAGAAGAAGAAAGAGACCCGGCAUUCUGGGUCUCUAUGGAGGAAUGGAUGGGCGCUGAGUGAAAGACUGGCCAUCAAUGUCUCUGGGAUGCGUUAUGAAACUCAGCUUCGCACCUUAGCCCAAUUCCCUGACACCUUGCUUGGUGACCCUAGGCGUAGGUUACGGUACUUUGACCCACUUCGAAACGAGCUCUUCCUAGACCGAAACCGUGCCUGCUUUGAUGCCAUUCUGUACUUCUACCAGUCAGGUGGGAGGCUUCGGAGGCCCGCGAACAUACCCCUGGACAUCUUCAUGGAUGAGCUGAUGUUCUACGAGCUGGGACAGGACAUCAUGAGUCGCUUCAAGGAGGACGAAGGUUUUGCAAAAGAGGAGGAGAGGCCGCUACCGUCCAACGAAAUCCAGAAAAGACUAUGGAUGUUGUUUGAGCACCCUGAGUCCUCAUCAGCUGCACGCAUCAUAGCCAUCAUCAGUGUCAUGGUCAUUGUGGUGUCCAUCCUCAUCUUCUGCCUGGAGACAUUGCCCGACUUCAGGAAUGAGAAAGAGACACGAGAGGCAUAUUUUUACAAGUACCACUCCCAGGCAAAGAACGUAUCGGAGAACAUGCCUCUUCCACACAGUGUUUUCCAUGACCCCUUCUUCCUGGUAGAAACUGUCUGCAUAUGCUGGUUCUCCUUCGAGCUCCUCAUGCGCUUCGCUUGUUCUCCCAGCAAGAUGUACUUCUUCAAGGAUGUCAUGAACAUCAUCGAUUUCAGUGCCAUCCUACCCUUUUUUGUCACUCUGGGAACAGAGCUGGCCAAGGAUAAUGACGCCUCUCCAGCCACAUCCUUGGCCAUCAUCAGAGUCAUCAGGUUAGUGAGGGUGUUCAGGAUCUUUAAGUUGUCUCGUCACUCUAAGGGCCUUCAGAUCCUUGGUCAGACACUGAAGGCCAGCAUGCGUGAACUGGGCCUGCUGAUCUUCUUCCUGUUUAUUGGCGUCAUCAUCUUCUCCAGUGCCAUCUACUUUGCUGAGGCCGACCACACCGACACACACUUUAUCAGUAUACCACAUGCCUUCUGGUGGGCAGUUGUCACCAUGACCACAGUGGGCUAUGGUGACAUGUACCCAGCGACAGUGUGGGGUAAGCUAGUGGGCUCGAUGUGCGCCAUUGCUGGUGUUCUCACCAUCUCGCUGCCAGUGCCUGUCAUAGUGUCCAACUUUAGCUACUUCUACCAUCGGGAGACUGAAUGUGAGGAUCAUACCGAGUACACACAUGUCCAGACGGGUCUGUGGGAGGACAAGGGUCCAGAAGGGGAGAUAGAGGAAAUAGAGGAAGGGGAUAGAGAUCCAGAGGGAGAUUAUUAUGCCAUUGAAGGCAUAUGCAACCCUUUGAAAGGGACUCUGCUGGGCGGACUGUGUACAGGGCAGGGCACAGAGUUCAGAGGAGGAAACAUGUAUCUGAGGGAACCACUGGUUACUCAAGUGUAGGGAGGUGGGUGUUAUUGUGUACCAUUUGACAAAGACACAGUAGAAAAAAAAUUAUUUGAAGGGAAUGAAAAAAAAAAAACAGAAUGAAACACAAUGAAUGAAAUUAGAAGAAAAAAAAAAAACAGGAGAAAUAAAACCAUAAAUAUGACACUAAUAUGCCCACUAAAUACUUUUUAUUGCCUUUCUUUGUUCAUUUAUAUGUAUUUAUUACAUCACUAGCCAGGAAAAUGUUACUGAAAGGCAACUAUUGUAUAAUAUAACAAUAAAAGACAGUGAGUUUUACAUUCUCAGGGUGUUGAUAUAAAUAUAAUAUGAGCGGUUAUUUAUUAAUGCUAUCAGCUUGUGUUUGAAAAUGACUUUCUGAAUGUCUGAUCUGUGCCUUGAAACUAUGAUGUCUUAGUACUGUCACAUGUUGGCUUAAUGUUUGAAGUGGAAGCAGAUAGAUUAUUGGCAAUAUAGAUGUCAUGUCUCAUCAAAACCUCAACCAAACACCAGCAGAGCCGUCGCUGCAGACAGAUUGAGAUCUCCCGUAAACCAAGCCCACAUUCUCAACAUUCUUCUGCGAGUAAUGUACAAAGUUCACAUUUGUGUAGUUUUGGCUUAUGUGACCUGAAGUGACUGACAUGACCUCUAUCAUGCUGUAAUACAACACUGUUGCAUUACUUAAUGACACAGUGUUACCCUUUUGUGUUAAAGAGGAACGUUCUGAUUGUUAGAACAAAAGUUCUGUAUUUACUUGCUUAAUUAUGCACUCAGUGUUUUUAAUAAAGAUUAUAUUUUA